CAAUAUCUUGAUAGAGACGCAGUUGAUUUCGAAUAAUAUUUGGCGCAACAACUGUUUCUCACUAGCUACAUUGCUUCUUGGUUUGGACUCCGUCAGCUGUGAGAUUUAUGAAAGAGCAGAGAGACAAUGGCGAGUGGAAAAAACCAAUUCCUUCAAGUUCUCUUGAUCUUCACAGUAGUGAUAUUUAGAGGUGUUAUAUCCAGUAUCGACGAUGGAAGCUUCGACGAAAGUAACUUCAAUAAAUUUGAUGAUCUUUACCCAUUCUCUCACGAUCAAUCUUUAGAAUUUUACAACGCGCCAUUAUAUCCCAUUGAAAAUCAUCUCUGGCAAAGUCCUGAAAAUCUUGGCGAGGUUGCCGGAGUUGCAGUGGAACCGACUGGAAAUAUCGUGAUUUUUCAUCGCGGGGAUCGAACAUGGAAUUAUGACACUUUUAACGAGAAUGCAGAAUAUCAAGAGAAAUAUAGAGGUCCUAUUCGUGAUAACACAGUAUUAACAUUGGAUCCUAAAACUGGCGAUAUUAUUCGCGGUUGGGGAAAUCAAACAUUUUAUUUGCCACACGGAAUCCACAUCGAUCACUUUGGGAACAUAUGGCUAACCGAUAUUGCUCUUCAUCAAGUAUUCAAGUAUUCGGCUUCCGGAGUUCUUCAGAUGGUCCUCGGUCAAAGAUUCGAACCUGGAAGCGAUAUAGAGCAUUUCUGCCAGCCAACUUCGGUCGGAGUUUUGCCAAGUGGCGAGAUCGUCGUUGCUGACGGAUAUUGCAACAGUAGGAUAAUAGUAUUUAACAAAAGAGGCAAUCCUAAAUAUGCUAUUGAUGAAAAUUGGAUUACUUUGAGAAUCCCGCAUGCCUUAACAGUUUUGUCAAAUAGAGAAGUAUGUAUCGCUGAUCGCGAAAAUUGGAGAAUUGUAUGCUUGGAUGUGACAUUCUCCGGAUUGAAUAAAAAUUUCGAAUCUCCUUAUUUUAUUCAUCAUCGACAAUUUGGCCGCAUAUUCGGAAUUGCAUCGUAUCGUGGUUUCAUUUAUGCUGUUAAUGGUAUGACGUCUAGAAAUAUACAAAUUAAGGGUUUUACCAUUGAUCCUAUAAAUAAAAAUGUAACUGGAUUUUGGGGUCCAGAAUCUUCAUCCUUUACAAGACCCCAUGAUAUCGCUGUCUGCCCAUACGGUAGAGCUCUUUAUGUAUCAGAGAUCGGACCAAACAAAGUAUGGAAAUUUGAUCUAAUGACCAAAUCAAAUUAAUAUGAGAAUCAAAUUAAGCAACUAUUGUUAACUGAAAUCUGUUGUCUCAUGUAUGAUCCUGGAGUAAACCAAAAAUCAAAUUCAUAUAAGACAACAGAAAAACACAAUCCUUUUCUUCCAAUACCUUGUUACAUUACAAAAUGCUAAUGUUGCUAACAUAAAACUGAUAUACAAUAAAAAGGAAUAUUUUCCAUCA